UCGUCUUCUUCCGGAAACGCGUCUCUCGUUCAUGGGCAGUUCAGACAGCAUGGUGGAAGAUCUGUAGAGCUACAAUGGCACAUAGUGUAUUACAGUCUUUCAAAAGGAUAACCUUCCCUGUUCUGAAUGCUUAUAAAAAUCUUUUUUGUAACCCUCUUCGCGUCCAGUCCCGUAGUUAUGCUAAGAAACCAGUAAUCAAAGGGAAAGGGAAAGGAAUGGUAAAGGAGGUUCAGAAAGGUCCAGAAGUCUGCAAGGAUCCAGCUAGGCUUUGCUCAUAUGCAGUUGGGGUUAAUGUCUUGAAACAAGGUGAAGACCCUACUAUUAAACCCAAGGAGGAGUAUCCAGAAUGGUUGUUUCACUUAAACCUCGGUCCAGUCCAAAAACUCAAUGAACUGGAGUCAGACAGUUGGGAAUACUGGAAGCGAAUAAGGAAGGAACACAUUUGGAGGCAUAAUAAACUGCAUAAAGGCAAAAAGAUGUAGAGGACCAAAUCAUUGAGAGCAAGGUCUGGAUCAACAUAUUGUUUCCCAGCAGGCACAGCGGACAUUGACAAUUUUGCUGGUAUUUUGGUUCUCAAGUGGCCGAGGAUCAUGGAGUCACAUUAUUGUUUGUUUUAUUGUCAUUCUUUGUAUUAUUAUUGUAAUGUUAUUCGCGUCAGUUCAGUAAUAUAAAAUAAAAACAUUUCUGAUGAUGUUAUAAA